AGUAAAUCGAUGUAAUUAGCGGCCGUUUCUAUAUCAAUUUUACACCGACGUGUUUGGUUUACCAUCAUAUUUUGUGAUGUUUUGUAUAAAUAUAAACAGAAGAAUUAACUAAGAAAAAUAUAUUACUCAAAGAGCCAAAAUAUAGGCCUAGUCAAGAUAAAUUAGCAAUUUCAUGAUGCUUCAUACUUAUCUUAGCAGCUCUAUGAUUGACAAUUCUUUUGCGUAAUACAUGAUACCAAGAAAACGUGCAUUUUAUUAUUGGUUAUAAUAGUAAUAAUAACACCAUGAUAACUAAAUUAAAUGUAAAUUCAAUAAUAAGAAAUCAUUAUUAAUCAAUUGAAUUUAAGUGAUAUUUUAUGAAAUAUGUAUAUUGCACACUAUACUGAUACAUUAGUUUCUGUAAUAGGCUGAGUCUUAAUUAAGGUAAGCACUAAUGUGUUUAUUAACAUUUUGAUUAAACAAUAUGUUCUGCCAUUGGGGUUAAAUCCGAGUCAAUCACAGAAAAGGAUGCGUCAUUGAGAAAACUACAAUAUGUAUAUGUUAUCUAAAUAAGGACUAAAAAUAAUACAUAAUGUAAAAAAAGAUUUGGCAAAUGACAGAUAACAAAGAAGUAUCUAUAUAUUCCAACUGUGUUCGCUUAUAAGUCAUGAAGGCUACCUUUGUAAAACCUUCAAAAUAAUAUCUACUAAUUUAUGGUUUUGGAUAAUAUGAUUUGCCUUAAAACACAAGCUACGAUGGCUGACAACACAGAAAGUGAACAGUAUCCACUUCACAAAUGUAUCUUUCAAGGGGACAUUAAAACUUUGAGUUCAUUAAUCAGAACCCACAAUCUCAGCCAAAAAGAUAAACAAGGAAAUACACCUCUACACUUAGCUGUGAUGUUAGGAAGAAAAGAAUGUGUUCUGUUAUUACUCGCCCAUGGUGCACCUGUCAAGGUUAAAAAUUUAGCCGGAUGGAGUCCGUUAGCAGAAGCUAUUAGUUAUGGAGACAGGCAAACUAUAUCAUCUUUAGUAAGAAAAUUAAAACAACAAGCAAGAGAACAAAUGGAGGAAAGAAGGCCAAGCUUAAUUGCUGCUUUACAUAAAAUGGGUGAUUUUUAUAUGGAGUUAAAGUGGGACUUUCAAAGUUGGGUGCCUCUACUAUCAAGAGUAUUACCAUCAGAUAUAUGUAGGAUAUAUAAAAGUGGAGCGUCAAUUAGAAUGGAUACUACUCUUGUAGACUUUAAUGAUAUGAGAUGGGAAAGAGGUGACAUAUCGUUUAUUUUUAAUGGAGAUAAAAAACCUGGUAAAUCUUUGACUAUCCUUGACAAUAAGGCUAAACUUUAUCAGCGUUUGAGAUAUGAGGAGACAGAAAUUGAAAUUGAAAAUGAAGUUGACAUCCUUAUGUCUAGUGAUAUAAUGGCUACUCAAAUGUCGACUAAAGGUAUAACUUUUACAAGAGCUCAAACUGGAUGGAUUUUUAGAGAAGAUAAAAGGGAAAUGGUAGGACCUUUUACAGCUGAUUUUUAUCAAAUUAAUGGUAUGGUAUUAGAAAGUAGAAAGAGGCGAGAACAUUUGAGCGAAGAAGACUUGCAAAAGAACAAAGCUAUUAUGGAAUCCCUUACUAAAGGAAAUUCGCAAGGGUUUGCAAACGACGAACCUCCUAUGAGAAGAGCAUCGUUAAAUCCACCUCCAGAGUCAAAUAUUACGUGGGAAGAAUAUAUACUUGCACCUCCUGGACAAUGUCCUCUUUUAGGAAGGAAUAUGGUUUAUAAAGAAAGUAGUAAGCCCUUCAAAGCAACUGUCGCUAUGAGUCCAGAUUUUCCACUGACUGUAGACAUGCUACUGAAUGUUCUGGAAGUUGUAGCACCAUUUAAACAUUUUAACAAAUUAAGACAAUUUGUUCUAAUGAAAUUGCCUCCUGGUUUUCCUGUGAAAAUCGAUAUACCUAUUUUACCUACUGUUACGGCUAAAAUAACGUUUCAAGAGUUUUCCUUUCGUGACGACGUUGAUCCAGAGUUAUUCCAAGUACCAUCGGAUUAUUUCAAAGAUCCUAUGAGCAAUGAAUCGGACUGAGGCUUCGACCUAAAGCGAUUUUAUACUGAAGCGGAUGUCUCUAGGAGUAAUAUUACCAGAAAUGGGUUUUCGAUAAUCUUCAUUUCCAAAAGACAUAAACGUGUACAAACCUUCGCACACAAGAUCAUCUAUAAAAGAGUAUUAAAAUACAAACAUAAGUUUGCCAAUUGUUACCUAUACUAUCCAACUGUCAUAAAUUGAAUCUAUAUUUCUGUUUAAGAACAUACAAUUUUAUUCUGUAGAUUUAUAUGUUCGUCAGAAAUGAUUUUUAGAGAUAGCAAGUAAGCGAGUGAAAGUUAAAGAAAGAAAGGAAAGAGAGAAAGGAAAGAAAGAAAGGAAAUAAAGAAAGAAAGAGAGAAAGAGAGAAAGAGUGUAUGCGAGAGAGAAAGAGAGAGAGAGAGAGAGCGUAUGAGAGAAAGAGAAAUUGAUUGAUUAACUUAUCUUCAUUCAUAUUCAUAUAUGUUACAAUUGCAUUCUUAAAAAUUGCAUAUAUAAAAUGACACAUUCGUUAUUUAUAUAUACGUUAUUUUGGCUCAUAAGCCGAUCUUAUGAAAAUAGUU